GUUGAGUCUCAGUCUCAUUUUGCACUCGGAUCCUCCAACUUGCUUACGAUUGGAACUGUGCAUAGCUCUCUAUUCCUUUAUAUAUUUGCACAAUUGGCGUCUCACCACCACUCUUGCAAAAUAUUUGGUCCAGUGGAUUAGUUAAAUUAAAAGUUGUGACCACAAAUUAAUCACUUUUGAGUGAAAAUAAAGCCACUUAACGUACUUUAUUUGGCAUUUUUUUGUUGGUGCUGGUGCAAUUCAGGACACAAAUUUAUCUACAACUCAUCCAGGACUUUGCAGACUAACCUAAAAUGGCGACCGGAGCAAUGCGCGUCGUACCAGAGUUGCAACAGCAACAAAAACAGCAACAACAGAGGCGGGAGGAGCAGGAGGGUCGCGGCGGCAAGAUGAACCUUGACCUCCGUCUGACCGAAGAGCAGGAAGAGUAUUUGGAGCUGCAGUUUAAAAAGUCGAAGAAUCCACACCCCUCAGAGCUCAUGCUCACCGCCGCGGAAACCGGCCUCCUCGAGGAAGAAGUUCAAGCUUGGUUCAAGCAAAGAAUGGCCAUGUGGAGGAGAGAUCAAGGCCUGAAUCCUGUCAGUAGUCGAAUUUGCUAAAGAGGAAAUUUAGCACAUGGAUGGAUGGAAUUUGGACACCAACUUCUGUUUUAUAUUAUUGCAAAGAUGUCAAUUAUCACGAACGAGAGAAGAAAAAACCGGACAGAAUUAUAUACACACACAAAAAUCCUUCAAUUUGCGAAUAUUUAGUGAUUGAUUAUUAUACCAUAAAUACAAACAUUAAAAUUAAUGAGCUUCGUUUAAGUAUUAAGUUAAUACCUUUGAAAUGCAUAUUAUUGAAAUGUUCCCAUGAACAAAUUAAUUAAUGCAAAUUAUAAAUAUUCAUGUAAUUAAUUCCUGGACAUAAUUGAAUU